AUGUCAUCGCGGACAUUUUUGAAACCGAAGGUAAGUUGUACAAAAAGAAAAUAAUAAUGAAAUAAGGAAAAUGAGACGCAAGAUAAGGUGAAAAUUUAAUUGUAGAGUCCACUCAGAGCUAAGUUUUGGAUUGUAAAGCAUUUUGUGAGCUCAGAUCGACCAGAUUGGAAAGCAAUCGAGGACAUUGCUUUUGUAGACCGUGAAUUUUAUCUGAUCUGCAGAGCUUUCACUCGUUAUAAAAAUGCCGAAACAUUAAUAAGCGGAUUCAAUGACAUUGAAUUAGAGCUGAGCUUCAAAAAGUUUUGUCCUAAGGUAGUCUUGGACAACGUGUUUUCUGGUCGACAAGAUAUUUCAAUUCUGGAGCCAACCUUGCCGCCUAACUUUAUAGACAAUGCAAUAAAGGUACGAGGGUUAGAUUUUCUGAUCUUUGUUUAGAGAUUUCUAAGUCUUGAUGACAGGGAUCAGAUGCUAUCAACGUUAACCAUGCCUCUGCACACUUUUUUGCAUCGUAUUUGGAAGAAAGCGGCCUGUUCCGAGAUGAGGCCAAAUAAGCAACUAAGCGGAAAGAUUGUUAGUACCCUUUGCGAAGAGAUAGUAUUGCAAUGCAGAUGUUCCAAGAACUACCUGAUGGAUAUAUUUGUGUUUUACAAUUAUACGAUCAACAAGAAGAUGAAUGUGGAAAUCUAUUACACCAAGUCUAUGCACAAGUUAGCUGUUCGUUUAAUUAAGAUAUCCUUUGUGGGUAUUGAACCUUUAUAUGUUAGAAGAAGGUAAUGGGAACUAAAUUUCUAACAUCACAUUAAUUUUAGUCCGCGAGUUCUUCCACUUGAUAUUCUUUUUGACAUUGGGACAUUUUUAACCAGGAAUGACUUGGAUGUUUGUCAAUUGGUGUGCAAAGAAUGGUAUCAGAUGAUUGAGAACAACAGGAAUGGUUUUGCUUUACAUAGCUUAACAUCUGCUAAACUUGUUUCGAAGGGGGAUUUUUUUUGUUUUGGUGUUUUCGACGAAGAUGAGUCCACCUCAAAUAUUGUCGACUUCAGGGAAAGACGUUGUAAUUUUGAAGUUGUGGUAUGUUUAGAGUCAUCUUUCAUUUAUGUAUUUUAUUUAGGGGAGUUUGUUCUAUCCUCUUCUGCGCAAUUCGAGUGUCCACAAGUUGUAUAUAAAGAGGAUUGAUAUGAGAAUUGUAUUUGAAAGUUUUGUAAAGGGGAUCAGUCGAUGUCUGCCCACUCAUAUUCGCAGAUUGGUUUUCUCCGCAGCCCAAGUUGACAGUAUGGAGAAAGUAUUUGAAUUUUCGGAAGCAAUCUUGAAGAUAAAGGAGUACGAAGUUGAAGUCUUCAGCGAGGAUCUCUUCAGGCAUAUCCUAAAGCAACCAAUAGUUCACCGAUGUGAUCGUCUGGUUUUGUACGAGGUAUGGGUAAACCGUAGAAUACUGACAAACCGUCCUUUUUCAGCAAUAUCACAGUAAUCGAGAGGUUCUUUUUGACGUCAUCAAUUUCUUUUCCACGUUUCCCCGCCCAUCUUGUACAUUUGUGAUGAGAAAUGUGGUCAGCGAAGACAGAGUCAAUGACCUAUUAUCAACGUUCAUAAAAGACUUCCAGAAGUCCAAGACUGCUAAUCCUUUUAGUCCAAUGUUGUUGGUGUUGCACCAUCAACCGCGUGAUCUUCCGAGUUGUUGUGUCAAUGCAAUCAAGGUCAAUGUUCCUGACGCCUUUGUCUUCGAGACACCCACUUUGUCCAAUGUAUAUCAUUUUGAGAAUGCGAGUGCGAACGUGAUCACAUUUUGCAUCGGUCGGACGAUUUAUCACCCAAUUAGACGGAUCUGCCACAUUAAGUUUGGAGUCGAGUAGAUGAAUGAAUGUAAAUGUAUAUAAAACUAGUUGUAUAUUGAUCGUAAAGUGUAUACUAAAUAAAGGAAGCUUUUGUCAUCGAAAUACAGUAUCGUCAACCCCAAAAUGAGUCAUUGCUUCUGUAUGAGUCAAGUGUUUCGCGGAGUUUUUUAUCGUAUAUCUUGUCGCUUUUUCUGCCGAAAAUAAGAAAGAGAUCCAAGAAGUCUUCCUUGUUUUGCUUAUUUUCAUUCUGUUGAUUUAGUGCUGUUGAAGAACUCUAAAAAUAAGAUGACUGCUCAAGUCCAGAUCUCCAGUCUAUUGGAGAAGAUGACCUCAGUGGACAAAGACUUCCGAUUCAUGGCUACCAACGAUUUGAUGGGCGAAUUGGAGAAGGAGGCCCUCAAGUUGGAUGAUGAGAUUGAGAGAAAAGUAGUAGUUUUAAUGCAGGAGUAACUGUAUAUUUUUUAACUUGUUAUAAUGCACAUGGCUUAUAUAUCUCCUUUUAGAUUACUCGGACUCUGCUAAAACUACUUGAUGAUAAGAAUGGAGAAGUUCAGAAUCUGGCAGUUCGCUGCUUGGCACCUUUGAUGAAUAAAGCAAAACACGGAAAUGUAAGGUUUAAAGGAUAAGUUUUAUAUUUUUUUAGGUCGAACUAAUCAUUCAGACCCUCUGCCAUAGUCUCCAGAGUCCAACCGAACGUUACCGUGACGUCAGUUCGAUCGCUCUGAAAACGGCUGUUGCGGAGUUAUCUUCCCAGAUGACCCCGGUUCAGACGAAGGAGAUCCUCGACACUGUUUUACCUGAAUUGCUCAAGAUUUUGCGUGAGUUUAAAGGAGAAGUCCUAUUUCAAAUUAUUUUUUUUUUCGUUUUUAGGGGAGGAUGGAAAACAAGACUCUGCUUUCAAAAUUGAAAUCACGGACAUUCUUGGUAUCUUGAUCACCAAAUUCGGUCAUUCAUCUUAUAUCGACUUCAAGGAUAUCGUUAAUGUUCUAUUCAUUCAACUCUCCAAGGAUCGUCAGUCUCUUCGUAAAAGAGCUAUUUCUGUUCUUGGUCAAGUCGCCGAGGUUGUAGAUGAUGAAGUAUACGUUAGUAUUGUGAAUCGGGUGUUUGAAGGUAUCCAAAAUGGUGGAUCUAAUUCGGUUAUCCGGGCUCAUGUCUUGGCUGCCAGCACUGUUUCUCGAUCAGGGCGAGGGUUGAAAAGCAGACUUCCAGAAUUUAUCAAACUUCUUGUGAAAUAUUGCCAAGAUACGGAUGACGAUGAACUGAAAGAUGCCUGUGUUCAUGCUUUUGAAGUGUUUAUCUCCAGAUGCAACAAAGAAAUUACGCCCUACUUGUCCGAUAUUGAAGGAAUUUGUGCAGAAUUUAUCAGGUAUGAUCCCAACUACCAAUACGAUGACGAAAACGGCGACGAUUCGAUGGAAGUGGAUGCAGGUAUGUAACUAUUUGUUUAUUAUAGCGUUUAGAAGAAGAAAAUGACGAAGAAGACGAUCUUGACGAUUAUUCCGAUGACGACGAUUUUAGCUGGAAGGUCAGGAGGAGUGCUGCGAAGUGUUAUGAAGCUUUGAUCAACUAUAGAACCGACAGAUUGGGAGAACAUUUCACUAAUAUUGCUCCCUUAUUGUUGAACAGAUUUAAGGAAAGAGAAGAGAACGUCAAAAUUGACGUCUUCAAAGCUUAUGAGGCUUUGCUCAAACAGACAAGACUUUAUCUUCCCGAGAAGCUGGCACAGUUUGACAAUUCUACAAAUAUCAGUCCUUUUACAGCUCUCGAAGCUAAAAAUAUUUCGUUUUCGAAUGAGAUGGUCAAGAAAGUGUUCGAGGAUGAGGCUGAUGGAAAGCAGAAGGCGGUCUUGACUGCAUAUAAUGAACAAGUCCCGAAGUGUGUAAAGGCGAUUUGCAAGCAGCUGAAGUCAAAGUCGGCCAAUGUCAGGCUUCAUUGUUACUCUCUGCUGACUUCCCUUGUGAGGUAACGAAGCUUUCACACGUUCUUUCUAAUUACAAAUGGUUUUUUAAACGUUUUCAUUUUAGGGCAUUCCCCGGAUGUUUGGAGCGGCAUUUUGAAAUCCUGAUUCCGCUAAUUCAGAAUUCCGUGAACGAGGAAUCAGCUGACAAUGCCACCAAGAUUGAUACUCUGCAAUUUCUGAACCUGUCGUUCUGUUCUCACGAGCCCCAGGUAAUCCUAUUAACCUUUAAAUUAUUUAUAGAAGGUGUUUAAGGUCUGCGAACACCUGUCAGUCGGUUUGUUUCUAUCUGAUAUUGUUGUAAUACGUUUAUUUAUAGGUCUUCGUCUCGCACUUUGAAUCAUUGGUGGCGAUUAUCAUCAAAUGCGUGAACGAAUCUUUUUACAAAGUCAGCGCAGCAGCUCUGAUUGUCCUUCAGUCAUUAAUUAUUGUCCUCAAACGGACUGGAGAAGGGGAAAAGUACCUUGAAAGUAUCUACAAUGUGAUUGUAUCGAAGCUUAAGGUCGGGGAUAUCGAUCAAGAAGUGAAGGAACGCUCAAUAGCUGCUGGCGGAGUUCUUUUAUCGUCCUUUGGAGCUGAAUUAGGCCCCAAGUUGGAGGAGAUAUUGCCUCUUUUGUUGGAUAAAAUCAAUAAUGAGAUCACUCGGCCGACUACUGUCCAAGCGUUCUGUGUCAUCGUCAACUCUUCUGAGACUAUUGAUCUUUCGUUGGUUUUGGAUAAUCUUCUUCUUCAAUUAUCCGAUUUCUUGAGGAAGAAUCAAAGGGCUUUGAAGGUAUAAUUUAGGGUUUUUAAAAGAAGAGAUAACGGCGAAAUGUCAAAUUUGUAUUUUUAGAUUGCCUCUCUGACUUUGAUGAGCUCUCUGGUUAGCAAAUAUCCUCCGUCACAACUUCCAUCUCAAGGAAUCUCCAAAGUUAUCAAUGAAUUGCCAGUCCUGAUGGUGGAGUCUGACCUGUUUAUUAGCCAGCUCUCACUUCGUUUGGCCAAAGGUAACGUGUUCUAUUUAAGCGAUUAUUAUGGUUUAGAUUUUACACAAAAGUUCCCAUCCGAGAUUUCUCCUUCUCUUGGCAGCGUAAUCGAGGCGUCAGUGACGUUGGCCAACAACUCUCUGCUCGUUGGAAACAUGCUCCAAUGGGCUGUAGAUCUAUUUGUUAACAUUGCCUGCGGUGAUAUCCCCGGAAAGCCCGAUUUCUUGGUUGGUUUAUAUCGGGUUUUUAGAAGAUCUGUGUUAUUUUAGCAUCUAAUGGAACUUCUGACCCUGCAAAUCUACAAUAAUGCCAAAGGCCUAAGCCGUCAGACAUAUCAAAGCGUCGCUGUGAUUAUGGCAAACGCAACAAAAGCUGUAAACGAUGUGAAUUCCACCACAAAGAUAGUCACUGGAUUAAUUCAAGUGCUUUCCAAGGACGACGGGGAUGGUCUUGGCCUCUUUGCUUUGACUGCCCUUGGAGAACUUGGUCGCAUUUUCCCUGAUUCCUUCCAGAUUUCUAAAGUCGAUCCAGAGGAAUUGAUUACAAAUAGUUUUAAUUCCACUUCCGAAGAACGAAAGACUGCUGCCAGUUUUGCGUUCGGUGCUUUGGCUUGUGGAAACCUCGAGAAAUAUCUUCCGGCCUUGUUGAACGAGAUCAGCUCCCAACCCAACCGACAGUAUGUGUUGUUGCACGCUUUGAAGGAAGUGAUAAUCUCUCAAAAUACCAGUGAAAGAAGUGCUGUUGGCUUCAAUCAGGCCAUUAAUAACAUAUGGGAUGUUCUUGUUGCACACAGCGGUAGUAAGGAGGAAAGUACCCGCAGUGUGGUCGCCGAAUGUAUGGGAAGACUUUGCAGGAUUAAUCUUGAUGAACUGCUCCCGCGUCUGAUCGUAAGCCUCUUGGAAGCAUCUUAUUAUAUUUGAUUACAGGAAUGCAGUACAAGUGGAAAUCCGAAACAACGAUCAACUGCCGCUGGUGCAGUUCGUUUUAUGAUCGUGGAUUCGAAAGCGGUCUCGAAUGAUGCCCUGAGGAACAACCUGGGCUCUCUUCUUCGAGCUAUUGAUGACGACGAAUUGGACGUAAGAAGAACCACGAUUAUGACUCUCAACUCCGCAGCUCAUAACAAACCCCGCUGGGUAAGUGAGGCAAAAAGAGGUCUGAUCGCGUGGUUCUUGUCGCUUUCUUUUUAAUUGUGAUGUCUUCUGAAACGUCGAAUUAAUUUCAGAUUAAAGAACUUCUGCCCACUUUACUCCCAUCUCUCUACCGAGAAACCGAGAUUCGAAAAGAUCUUAUCCAUGAGGUCCAAAUGGGUCCUUUCAAGCACGUCGUUGACGAUGGCCUUGACUUGAGGAAGUCUGCUUACGAAUGGUAUAAUAUAUUUAAUAUUUUAACAAUUUUUUUACCUGCAGGUCUUCUGAGAAAUAUGCCGGAAUAUUUUUUUCGAUUUCUUGGCGGUCAGUCAAGAUAUCCAAGUAGUUCUUUUUGCGAAGUUGGGCUUUUUUUGCGCACGAAAAUUUUUUUUCCGCCAGUGCGGAGAAUAGUGGAUUCGGCGGAGACUUUAGUGGUAUUUUUUGGUCACCAAUCUUUAACGCUCUAUUAUGCAUUUUGAUGGUUGCAAAGAUGACAUUUUUUUAUUCUUACGUUUUUCAAGAAUUUGGGGGACACUUGCCACAUCGGCGGGGGCCACAACUCAGCUUCGGGUAAUGGUAUAAAGCCGGUAACCAUUUUUUAGGUCUGCCUAGCAUUCCUUUCUGAUUCCGUACUCUCUAAAAUUUUUUCGCCAAACCUUGGAAGAAGGUUAGCCAUUGGUGAACGACUUGGUGCACCAGAAAACAACAAGAUAUUUUUCGUUCAAAUUUCGCUUUGUCCUGCUGUUUCAGCCUCCGCACGGUGCACUUGGACUCUGUCGGUGUUGCAGCGACAACACUGCACCGUGAAAUCGCUAAAUGCGAUCGCAUAACGUUGUUGCCGGCCUUCUGAUCCAUUGCGGAAAAUAUUUGAACUUUUUCAUCCUCUUUAUCCUGCAAAAAAUUUUUUUUUGAUAUCUUGACUGAACGCCAAGAAAUCGGCAAAAGCUUUCCCGCACAUUUCUCGUAACACCUGUACAAACUGUCUUUGCAGUAUGUACACUUUGAUGGAACACUGUCUGGACCGUAUUAAUGUCAGCGAAUACAUGACCUACGUUGAGAAAGGCCUUCAGGUAAGGAUAAAUUAAGCAGAUCAUUCUUUUUGAUUUCCAGGAUAGUCACGACAUUAAGCUCUUGAAUCUUUUGAUGUUGACUCGUUUGGCUCAGACCUGCAGUGCCCAAGUGGCUCAGAGAAUUGAUCGAUUUGCUGACUUGCUGUCUGUAAGUUCAUUGGAUUAUCAUUAUAAUAUCUGUACUCGAAUAUUAAUUUUUGUUUUUCAGCCCCUUCUAGUCCUAAAGGCCAAGGAAUCGUCGGUAAAGCAAGAGAGUGAUAAGAUCGAGGAGCUGAAGCGUGCUUGCAUUAGGACUAUUUUAUCGUUGAAGGUGAGUUUAACUGGAAUUGUCGGGUCUGGGGCUCUUAUCUCUUCAACUUUUUAAAAGUAUUUCUUGUUUUUUACUCUUUAUUUUUUUAUUUUUAGCGAAUUCCGGCAAUGGAGCGUUCCGCGCGUCUCCAGAGUUGUUUCGAGACUGUCCAGCACGAUCAGAAGUUGAAAAGUAUUCUGGAUUCUCUCGAAAAGGACAACACGCUGAAGCUUCUCUCAGUCCACAACCAAGAUAUUCAGAUGGAAGGCGAUUACUAA